AUGGCUGACACCGCCGCCACUGCGGGUGACCGCCUUCCACCUGUCGUGUCGCCCCUGUGUAGCAAUGUGCGGCUCUUCUCAGCGCCGGAGGCAUGGUCCCCACUGGUCACAGGUAGCAAUGGUUCUCUCGCACCCCUGCACGGUGGAGCUGACCAGAGCAUGAGAGAGACGCCAGGAAGUGCACCAGCUACCCUCGGCAGAGACUUGCCAUCCACAGAGUCUGCAACACCGGCUUCCGGGCAACAUCUCGGGCCUAACCCUAUCACCCCCUCGAUCGACUCGCUGGACAACUUACCUGGGUUGCCACCUCUCGCCGCCGCUGCGCAACAUGGUGGUGGAUGUCCGCAGCCAGAAUGCCGCUUCCACAGCCGAGAGGUGUCAAUGGCCGAAGAGGAAGAGCUGCGCGACUUGAGGCUGCUACUGAACGCACAAUCGUCGCGCCUGCGGCGCCACUCUUCUGCAGCGACGUUGACUCCCAAAGAGGCGCGUGUGCUGUCGGAGAGCCCGACCUUCCUCCUUUCCAGCCCAUCCAAGCGACCAGCAGCAACUGCCCCUGCUGCCGUGACGGCGAUAGCCAUCCAGCAAAAGGCUCGCACUGCUGCCGAUGCCAAAAGCGCUGCGCCACCUCGCGAGGGCUGUAAAAGGUGCGCACCAGCUGAUUGUGCUACGACGGCCGCGACGAAUCCGCGCGCCUCUAUCCCUGUGCCGAUCACCGAGCUGUGUAUGCACUCAGUGCGCAGCGGAGCCCUCUACGCGCGCUGUCCCAACGGCGGCUGCCUCGGCGGCGACGACAGCGACUUGAUUGGGAAGCCGCACAUUAAAGAGGGCUCUCCGGCGCGGUCUCGACUCGACGACAGCGAGGAGGCGUUGCUCACCGCACUAGAAAAGGAAUCGGCAGUGCGCGAAGCCCGGCUGGACCGCCUCAACAGAGAUAUUCGCAAGAACUUGGCAGAACCGUCGCGGAGCUCAGCUGGCCAUAUCUACCCCCCGCCGCCCCCAGUCAUGGAGGCCACCUCCGACGCAGAGGUUCACGAGCGUGCGAUGGCAGCCGAAGACUUCGCGAAGAGCCUAACGCAGCGUCGUCAGCACACAGAGGAGCGUAAUCGGCGUCAGCGGCAGAGGGGGCGGCCGCACACAUCACGCUCGCCCCUGAUGUGCCCAGCGGUGACCACUGACAGCAACACCGCCUUCUCAACCGUAGCUUUUUUGAACGCGCAGUGCGGAGACAGUGCCGACGGUGAGGGCGUUGACGGCGGCGAAGCGGACGCGGUCAACGGCCACAGCAUGUCGCACGUGGGCAACAGCGGCCAGCUACGCCCUCCGCGGGCUUCCUGCAAUAGUCAGGAUCUCCGAGAGGCAAGCGAGAUGUCUAUGACGAGUCUGGCGCUGGGUCGCAUGUCCAUGCGCUCGUGUAGUGUGGCCAAGGUGACGGACAGCGCGCUGGCGAUUAUGGAGAUGCUGGCGAACCGUCCAGAUGUCCCGCUUCCGUCCCCGGCGGAGACAGCCAGUGUGCGUCGUGGCGACGUGCUUUCCUCGAAACACAUUCUCAAGCGUGACUUGGAGGAGGCACUGCGGUCGCGGCAGGGUUCAACUGGCAUGAUUGCUGGGGCGCCGUUCUUCCGUAUUGUGCCGAAGCUGAACAUCGCAGGUGUUGCCCAGGCAAACGCGAGUGCGGUGCGCACGAUUGUGAAUGAGCUGCGCCGCGCGCACGUUGAGGGCCCCAUCAUCUGGGUGAACCUGCGCGAGGAGCCACUUGUCUACAUCAACGAUAACUCCUACAUUGUCCGCGAGCGCGCCGAUCCGCUGAAGCCUAUCAUCAUCCCCAACGUGACUGGGCUAAGCAUUGAGUGCGUUGAGCGCAAACUCAAGCAGGAGGUGCUGCAGGAGGCGUACGAGAAUGGCGGCAACGUCAGUGUGCACCUUGAGAACCGUGGCGGUAGCAUGGAAGACCAAUGGGUGUCCGCCAACCGCAGCGAGGUACUGACGCUGGCCGAGGUCUUCCAUCGCCUGGAGAAGGAGACGAACCACCAAGUCAUGUACUUCCGCCGACCCAUCACGCAGAAUAUUGGACCGCAGCCAGAGGACUUCGACUUCGUGCUGGAUGCGUGCCUCGAGGAGCCGAAGGCGGUGUUCGUUUUCAGUUGCCAGUCCGGUCGCGGCCGCACGAGCUCGAUGAUGCAGAUAGCCAACAUCGUUCGCUUCUACCAGCUCUGCGUAAAGGAUGUGACGGUUGAUUUGCGUGUGCUGCGCGAAAAGGUGAGCGCGCCGUCGUACCGUACGAUCCAGAAGCUGGUGUCGCUGUUCCCUGACGGCAAACUGCACGAGCGCCGCCUCAUGAUCCUCAUGGAGCUUGCCGACAAGGUGUACUCCAUGGCGGAUCACAUCAACGAGGCCUUCUCUGGCAUGGAUGGAGCCUCGGAGGUGGCGAAGAUGCGACUGCAGGUGUAUGCUCUCUUUUUGGUCUUCUCCUACUACUGCGAGCAGCGGUUGUGGAACUACUCGACGCACGCGUCCUUUGCGCAGUGGCUGAACGAGAACCCCGAAAUGAAGCUUCUCAUCGCCAGUGUGCGGGAGAAGCUCGGUGACCAGCUCCAGCUGGAGCGGGUGGCCUCUCCGUUCGCAAGCGGCCCCGAGGCCGACGCGCUGCGCGCGAUCCGCCACCGCCGCGGUAACGUACUGAGCACCGGCCGCAUCCUGUGCAGCCUGCCGGUGAGCAACCAUUCCCGCUCUGAGGUUAUUGCCUUGCGUCAGCUCGCGCCGGGGGUCCCAGUGCUGACGUGUGGCCGUGUUGGAGAAGUGGGGCGCGAUCAACUUGUGUGUGACAUCCGUCGUACGUUCCCGCACGUGCGCUCCAUACACUGGAUCAGCUUGCGCGCCGAGCCGAUGGUACUGAUCAACGACGUGACCUACACGCUCUCCGACUACGAUGCUUCACACGAUUCGGCCGAGCACGGCACGACGAUGCACGCGUCCGUGCAGGCGAUGGAGCAGAUCGAGGAUCGUCUUCGGCGCGAUGUGCUGCUGGAGGCGCAAGACAACGGCGGCUUCAUCAUCUUGCACCGUUUGACGACAGCGGGUGAGCGGGAGGUGCUGCGCGUCAAGGUCGUCUCCGUGCGCACCCCACGCAGCACGAUGGAGGAGUUUGUCGAGGCAACGGGCGUCUGCUAUACCCGCAUUCCGAUGCCCUUCUCUGGGCAGCUGCUGGCGAGCGACGUCGACCCCCUCUUCCACUACCUGGCCAAGGUAGACAUCAGCCAACACGACGCUAUCGUUAUCAACGAUUCAGCCGGCACGACGCGCACCACCGUGGCACUUAACAUCCUGACGCUGUUCCGCGCUAGCCGACUUGGAAACCUGCGCUCGCUACAAACGACUGAGGAGGUGGCGACAUUGCUGCGCGCCGGCUCCACGGACCGACUCAUCGGAGACGCGCAGGUGGCGGCCAGGGCGGACGUGGCCCCGGAGGAGAUCCCGGAGCACCACGUGGAGCUGCUUCUCGCCUCGACCAUCUGCCAGAUGCUGACAGCCGGCAGCCUCCUUCGCACGGUGGACGCCGUUAUCUCGCUUGGCGGCCGUGGCCAGCGCUGGAACAUCUUGCAUGCGCUUGACUUACUCAAGAAGCGCAUUGGGGUGCUCGGUAACAACAAGCCCCAGUGCAUCGUGGAUGCUCUGCAUGGCCUCCGCUGCUACUUGCUUGUGCUGCUUUCCUGCCUGUACCUCGACGCGCAGAAGGGGGAGGGCUUCACGAUUGGGGAGCUGCUCUUUAGUGACUGGGUCACUGCCCACGCGGAGGUGUCGAACAUCAUCGAGCACCUCGAGGACCGCGGCGAGGCGGCACUCAAGUACGUGGCGGUCGACAACCUCAUGAGGGCCGAUCUCUCGCGCCGCUCCGGUAACGUCCUCACGGCCAACUUCUGCCUGAAAGCCGACCACUUCCCGGGCUGCCAGAAGAAGGGACUGCGGCCAGCCUUGUGCGGCGCACCCAAUUUCCGUAAGGUCGAUUUUGUGAACGUCUACGGCGUCGCCAUCCCGACUCUCAUGGGCAUUCACAAUGUGCUCUCACUACUGGGCGCCUCGAGCGAACCCCUGCAGGCGUAUCAAGGGCAGAGCAACGACUCGGAGCUGUACCUUGGCUUCGCGGCACCGCGACUCUUCGAACCAGCCUUCAAGCCGGAGGGACUGCAGUGCCCACUGCGCGGCUCUGUGGUGUGGGUGAACUUGCGUGAAGAGCCCAUCCUGUAUGUUGGCGACCGGCCCUUUGUCUUCCGCGACUUGGCGGCCCCGUACGUGAAUGUGGAGCUGACAGGCAUCCAGACCGAAAAGGUCGAACUGGUGGAGUACGAGCUGAAGCGUGACGUGCUCAUGGAGGCGGCGCAGUACGACGGCAAGUUCCUCGUCCACGACGAGGGCAACCCGGGCGAGCUCGUCGGCGUAUGGGAACUGGCGAGCGAGGAGACUGUGAAGACGCUGCGCGAGGUCUACGAUGAGCUGCUGGUGAAGGAGUUCCGGUGCCAAAUGCUUCGGCUGCCGGUAACGGACGAGCAGAGCCCGGAGGUUCGCGACUUCGACCUUCUCGUCGGUGCCCUUCUCCCGCGCAUCGCCAAGCACCUGGACCGCCGUGAGACACUCUCGUUCGUUUUCAAUUGCCAGAUGGGCCGUGGCCGCACCACGACGGGCAUGGUCAUCUGCUGUCUCCUCAUCGGCCUCGUAACCCCGGAGUACUACGACGAGCUGCACAAUGCUUACCGCGGCUUCCUCUACGCAGGCGCGGAGUCGGACCUCGGCCGCGGCGAGUACUCCGUCAUUGUGCAACUGAAGCGCGUGCUGGCGCAGGGCCGCACCGCCAAGCAUCAAGUCGACCUCGUGCUCGAGGUGUGCUCGAAGAUGCAGAACUUGCGCACUGCCAUUGAGGCUUUUGCGAUCGCCGCCUCGUCGCCGGACACCGUCGAAUCGGACCGCGCUCGCGCGCAUCAUGCUGGCGUGCAUUACCUGAAGCGCUACUUCAACCUCAUUGUCUUUGCCGCUUAUUUGCAGGAGGAGUACGACCGCAUGUUGAAGCGCAUGCGGCGCUCCUUCACUGACUGGAUGUCGACCCACCCGGAGAUUUUCACGCUGCUCGACUCGUGCGUUCUCAAGUAA